CAGGCUCGUGAGUUGUAGGGAAUUAGAAUGUGCGCCUGAGCCAUCUGUGCCCAUAAAGCUCAUUUGUGUCUGCUUACAAGGAGAAAUUAUGCAUUAUCUGUUCUUAAAGCAAUGGAAACACUUUGAGUAUCGUUUCAUGGAAGGCAAGCACUUCUGUUUGAGGAGAACCUUCAUUGUUUAGAGCACAAUGACAUCUGUUGUGAAGCUCACAGAAUUCAGCAUCGAUACAAACCUGACUCUCUCAACAUCAACUUGCAAGAAGUGUUUGAGGUAGAAAAGCCAUCUCAAAAGGUUUUCUGAGAAUUAAAAAAGUGCGUUUCACGGGGUUAUGAUGCUAUCAAAGUAGAUUUAUUGUGCUUUGCUCCAGCGAGGGAUGAAAAUACCCUGUGGGCAAGGAGAGAGGGGUCAUGGGACUCCCAAAAGGAUUACCUUGAACUGGAGUCAUGGGACGUGCCCCGAACAAAGAGCCUGCUCACAUGCUCGUCAUAUGAACAGCCCCUCAUAAAGUGAUGAAGUUUCAUGUCCUGUGGGAUUCAUUGGGUGCCGGCGCUCUGGGAAAGAGCACCCCUCACCAGCGGAGCUCCAGGAGGGACACUGAUGCAGAAACUUUCUCUUUGGCACCUUCUUAAUGUCAACUAGAGGCUCCACAGGGCCAGAAAGCUUGGAUUGAGAAAACCUUUCACAAAAGAGAAUGUAUUCAUAUAUUUCCAGCCAAGGACCCAACACGGUGCGCCUGUGGUUAUCUAGUGAUUCAGCACCCGGCCAUUCCGGCAGGCGCCAUCACCAACAAGCCCUCAGAAGAGAACCAGCUUGUGCAAGUGGACCCUCCUCAAGAGAAAUGUAUAUUCGGGUGUCAUAUGAUACUAAGCCGGACAACUUGCUGCAUCUCACGGUGAAGGAAUGGCAGCUGGAGUUGCCCACACUGCUUAUAUCAGUUCAUGGUGGCCUCCAGAACUUUGACCUGCAGCCCAAACUCAAGCAAGUCUUUGGAAAAGGCCUGAUCAAGGCUGCCGUGACCACCGGAGCAUGGAUCUUCACUGGUGGAGUCAGCACUGGAGUGAUCCGGCACGUUGGAGAUGCUUUGAAGGAUCACUCUUCGAAAUCCAGAGGGAAGGUCUGUGCUAUAGGUAUCGCUCCAUGGGGAAUCCUGGAGAGCAAAGAGGAUCUAAUUGGAAAAGAUGUGAGCAAACCAUAUCAGGCCAUCUCCAAUCCUCUGAGCAAACUUGCCGUUCUCAACAAUAGCCACUCGCACUUCAUACUAUCCGAUAAUGGCACAUGUGGGAAAUAUGGGGCGGAGGUCAAACUACGCAGGCAGUUAGAGAAACACAUCUCCCUCCAGAAGAUUAACACGCGACUGGGCCAGGGUGUACCGGUGGUAUGUCUGAUUGUGGAGGGGGGUCCCAAUGUGAUCUCGAUUGUCUUGGAAAGCCUGCGUGAGGAACCGCCAGUGCCUGUAGUGGUCUGUGAUGGCAGUGGUCGAGCCUCUGACAUCAUUUCCUUUGCCCACAAAUAUUCUGAGGUUGAAGGACUGGUAAACGAGGACGUAAAAGAGCAACUGCUGGUCACCAUCCAGAAAACCUUUAACUACAACAAAAUGCAGUCAGGGCAAAUUCUGCUCAUGGUCAUUGAAUGCAUGAAGAAGAGGGAGUUGAUAACAGUCUUUCGAAUGGGCGCUGAGGGACAAGAUGACAUUGAAAUGGCUAUCCUCACUGCGUUACUGAAAGGAACCAACGCAUCAGCUCCAGAUCAGCUGAGCUUGGCUCUGGCUUGGAAUAGAGUGGAUAUAGCACGCAACCAAAUAUUUGUGUAUGGACACAAUCUACCACCUGUGAGCACCCUCACUAGUGCCAUCUCCACCAAUGCAGCACCAUUUCAUGAAAAGCAGAAAGGAGCAACUCAACGUAACAAAGGAAAGGCCAGAGGAAAAAAGGGCAAAGGAGGCAAAGCCAAACCAGAACAACCAGAGGAAACUGACCCCAGAAAGUUAGAACUACUGAAUUGGGUGAAUUCCCUCGAGCAGGCCAUGAUGGACGCUUUGGUUCUGGACAGAGUGGAUUUUGUCAAGCUCAUGCUAGAAAACGGUGUAAACAUUCACCAUUUUCUAACCAUCCCUCGAUUAGAGGAGUUAUACAACACUAAACUUGGUCCUGCCAACACUCUACAUAUUGUCGUAAGAGAUGUUAAAAAGGGGAAUCUCCCACCGGAUUACCAAAUAACACUGACUGACAUUGGACUGGUGAUGGAGUUCCUGAUGGGCGGAGCAUAUCGCUGUAACUACACAAGAAAAAACUUUCGAGCUCUUUAUAACAAUCUUUAUGGACUAAAGAGGCCUAAAGCCCUAAAGCUGCUUGGAAUGGAGGAUGAUGAGCCUAGGGCAAAAGGCAAGAAGAAGCAAAAGAAGAAGAAAGAAGAAGAAGAGGACAUUGACGUGGAUGACCCAGAGGUCAGCCGCUUCCAGUAUCCAUUCCAUGAGCUGAUGAUUUGGGCAGUGCUGAUGAAAAGGCAGAAGAUGUCUCUGUUCCUGUGGCAGAGGGGCGAGGAGGGUAUGGCUAAAGCUCUGGUGGCCUGUAAGCUCCUCAAAGCUAUGGCUCAUGAGUCGUCUCAGAGUGAGAUGGUGGACGACAUAUCCCAGGACCUCGAUAACAACUCCAAGGAGUUUGGAACCUUGGCCUAUGAGUUAUUGGAUCAGUCCUACAAACAUGAUGAGCAGCUAGCCAUGAAACUGUUGACAUACGAGUUAAAGAACUGGAGUAACUCUACCUGUCUGAAGCUGGCAGUGGCUGCCAAGCACAGAGACUUCAUAGCCCACACCUGCAGCCAGAUGCUCCUCACUGACAUGUGGAUGGGCAGCCUGAGGAUGGGUAAAAACCCAGGACUGAAGGUGAUCCUCAGCCUCAUUGUCCCACCUUUUAUCCUGCUGUUGGAUUUCCGUCUGGGUGAUGACACGUCUCAUCAUGUCACUGCAAAAAAUGAGGACAGGAAGACCAAGGAUGAUGAUAAGUCCGGCCGGGAUGCCAAUGCAGAUGCAGCCUCUAAAAAAGGAGACGAGGAGGAAGGUAAUAAGAAAAUGAGGCGGAUUCCAAUUGGAACAAAGAUCUUUGAGUUUUACAAUGCCCCUUUCACCAAAUUUUGGUUCAAUACUAUUUCCUACCUUGGCUAUCUCAUUCUGUACAAUUACAUAGUACUGGUGAAGAUGGAGCGUUGGCCAUCUAUACAAGAGUGGUUCGUCAUUUCAUACAUCAUCACUUUGGGGUUGGAGAAAGUCAGACAGAUCUUGAUGUCAGAACCAGGCAAGCUCAGGCAAAAGAUAAACAUGUGGUUAGAGGAGUACUGGAACAUCACAGACCUGGCGGCCAUCUCUACCUUCUUGCUUGGCCUACUUCUUAGGCUGCAAAAUGAACCCUACAUGGGCUACGGCCGUGUGAUCUACUGCGUAGACAUAAUCUUCUGGUAUAUCCGCGUACUGGACAUAUUUGGAGUCAACAAGUACCUAGGACCUUAUGUCAUGAUGAUAGGGAAAAUGAUGAUUGACAUGCUGUACUUUGUGGUGAUCAUGUUGGUGGUCCUGAUGAGUUUCGGUGUGGCACGGCAGGCUAUCCUACACCCAGACGAGGAGCCAACAUGGCGCUUGGCCCGCAAUAUCUUCUACAUGCCUUAUUGGAUGAUCUAUGGAGAGGUGUUUGCAGAUUCGAUAGACCUUUACGCAAUGGAAAUAAAUCCCCCCUGUGGAGAAAAUUUAUAUGAUGAGGAUGGGAAAAAGCUUCCACCCUGCAUCCCUGGAGCCUGGUUGACUCCAGCCAUCAUGGCCUGUUAUUUGUUAGUGGCCAACAUCCUGCUUGUGAACUUGCUCAUUGCUGUCUUCAACAACACGUUCUUUGAGGUUAAGUCCAUCUCCAACCAGGUGUGGAAAUUUCAGAGAUAUCAGCUCAUCAUGACCUUCCAUGACAGGCCUGUGCUACCUCCACCAAUGAUUAUCUUUAGCCACCUCUACAUUCUUUUCCGCAAACUCUGCUGCCGCUGUAGAAAGAAAAAGGAGGGAGAACUAGAUGAAAAGGAUAAAGGAUUAAAGCUUAUUCUUACCACGGAGGAGCUAAAGAUGCUGUAUGAGUUUGAGGAGCAAUGUGUGGAGGAAUAUUUCAGGGAGAAAGAAGAUGAGCAACAGUCCUCAAAUGAUGAGCGUAUCAGGGUUACAAAUGAAAGGGUGGAGAACAUGUCCAUGCGCCUUGAAGAGGUAAAUGAGAGGGAGAACACAAUGAAGGCCUCCCUUCAGACUGUGGACCUACGUUUGUCCCAACUGGAAGACAUUAAUGGCCGAAUGGUGAAUGCCUUGGAAAGACUAGUGGGAAUCGACCACUCUGAAUUGACCCGGGCACGCUCAACAGCCUCUUCUAUUUGUGACCCCUCCUCUCUCCAACGUCACAGUAGCAUCAACAGUGCUGAUGGGUACAGCCUGUACCGCUAUUACCUGGGUGUUGAUGACUGUCCACCUGAAGAUAAAGAGGCAGAUCUGAGUAAAACAAUAAGCACUACAAACCUCAACACAAAGAAAUAUGGCCAGAAUCUAGAGGUAGAUGUUCCAGGGGUAAAAAGACGCCUUGGCUCAUGUGUGGACAUCCGAAUCUUCCCUUGUGAUAAGGGUGUUGAGGUUGAAGGGACAGUGCCAGAAUCACCAAAAUCUACAGUUCCUGACAACCAGACAUCUUCGGAUAGUGCAACAAAGAAAGAAGCAUUGAUGACGGAGAGAGUAAAACUUCAGGCAACUACCUCCUACCCUCUAGAAAAGGUUAAAGCUUUCAAAUACUAUCCUGGAGAAAUACAAAGCAUAUCCCCAUCCACUGUACGAAGGUGUUGGAGCACAAUCUCAUUUGAUCAAGCAAGUGGAAGGGAAGCAAAUCAAGAAGGAGAAGGAAUGGAUGGGUCUCCAGCUACAAGACGUUGGAGUGCUGGCUGUGAGUACAAGGUACACCCUAGUCUUUUUGGUCAGAUGCCAAAGGUAUCAAUGGUAAGACCCUUGGUAGACCAGACUGACAGCAACAGUUUCAAAGUAGAGCAACCUUCUGACCAGCCUGAGCAACAGAUGCUGAGAGUUUCUUCUAGACACAGUAAAGAGGACAUGGGAAUGCAAGAUGGGGAGAAGACACUGGACAGUUCAGGUGGAUCAAUGAAUCAUGAAAGUGCUCAGUCAAUAAUUGAAGAUGGGAUAAGAAACGCAGCAGAGAUGACUGGUAGGCAGGCAUCGCUAGAUGUAGAUCAGGUAAAACGGGAAGAGGGUAGUGACGAUGUGGACAAAUGCCUGAAAGAUAUUGAGCAGGAGGUGACAAAGGAACCAGAUGAUCCUGAGGGAGGACUUGGAAAGGAGGAAAGUUCAGAGAAGCAAGACGGACAGCAAACAGAGGAGAUACCAACAGGUGUAGGUCCCUUUGAUUCUGAAGUCCAAGCUGAUGGUAGCCAUCUGCUUCUGCCAGAAGACACAAUGUUUCUCCCUGGAAGAUCUAAGAGCUGGUCCACAAAACCUUGCAUGUCCUUAGGAAACAGCUUAAAAAGAGCCCACGAAUCAAGCAGUGAAAGAGACCUUGCUGGAGACUCUCCUGAUGAUCCAGGUUCACCAGCACAGAACACAACAAACGAUGCACCAUCAAACAAACCAUAAUCAGACACUCCAGUGGAAGUCCGAUAAGAAGAUAAAUUCAACAAAGAACGACACAUUUUAUAUUCUGUAUAUCCACCUGUAACAUUAUGUACUUGCAUCAACAGUAUGUAAUCAGGUGUUGUGAUCGAGUUAACUUAGUACAACUCUAAAGCCAUAGUAUCAACUGUCCAUUAUUUGUGUGCUUGCACUUAAAAGUAUUUCUAUUAUUAUAUUUAUUUAAGGUACAAAAUACAUUAUGUGACAGUAUGUAUCCUUGCUACCUGUUCUGGUCUUCAUCACACCAUUUAUGUGUUAUGGUUCAGAUGUUUUCUGAUUGGUCAAAUGUAAUGAUAAUUUAUGGGCUAAAAAGUAAGGCUAUGCAAAGUGAACUAGUCAAAGGACAAAAUGAGUCUACCUCAAUGCAAAAUGUUUGUAGUUGGCAUGUUGUAUGAGUGGUGCAUUCUGUUCAUUGUUGGGAUAAGACUGUGUAAUAGCACCAUCUGCUGUUCUGGAUGAUGAAUUGCUGGAAGAAAGAUGACACAACUUGGAAAAAUAAGCUGAAAAAUAUGAAGACAGGUUUAUACAGUAUUUACUUUGGUUAUAUUUAGUAUAAAAGUCUACAAUUAAUAAA